AUGUAUUCCAACUCGAACGCCUUCUUGAACAGCGGCAACAGCCCUCGCCCGGGGACGCAGCCGCAGCAGCAGUAUGGCGGCUCCUUUGGCAAUCUCGCGCCUGGCCAGCAGCCGGGCCAGCAGCCAAGCCCCUUUGCGCCGCAGCCCACGGGCUUCGGACAGCAACCGCUGCAACAGCCAUUGCAGCAGCAAUACACCGGAUAUCCGUUGCAAGCUCAGCCAACCGGCUACCAGCAGUCGCCGCAGCCACUGCAGCAGCAGUAUACGGGCUUCCCGGGACAAGGUCAACCGCAGCAGCAGUUCCAGACGUCGAGCGCCCCGCCAAUGCCGUCGAUUCCUCCCCAGUACCAGCAGCAGUACCAGCAGCAACAGCUACAACAGCCUCAACUCCAGCAGCAGGUGCCUCAGCAGACUGGAUUCCCGGCUCCGCAGCCGCAGCAGCCGCAGCCCACGAGCUCGACCAUCUCUCCUCCUCCUCCUCCGAUAAAGCCGCAGCCAACUGGGUUCGCGGAAGUGGCAGCGUCUUUCCAGACCGGCGGCACGGCUAAGCCCCAGGGACGAAGAGCCGAUAAAUCAAAGACUAGGAUUCCCAACAUUAGACUAUCUUUCAUCACGGCCGCCGAUCAAGCAAAGUUCGAGACGCUGUUCAAGUCUGCUGUGGGAGAUGGCUCAGCAACCAUGUCGGGAGAAAAGGCCAGAGACCUUUUGCUACGGUCUAAAUUGGAUGGCGAUGCGCUGUCCCAUAUUUGGACGUUGGCCGAUACCACGCGAGCGGGACAGCUAUACUUUCCCGAAUUCGCCCUUGCCAUGUACCUUUGCAACCUGAAGCUUACAGGCAAGACGUUGCCACCUACUCUGCCUGAGCACGUAAAGAAUGAGGUUUCCAGCAUGGUUGAUAUCAUCAGCUUUGCGGUUCCGGACGAAGGCCCCGCGACAAGCCAAGCAAACGUGCCUACCAUCGAGCAGCCCAAACCGCAACCGCCGCCGCCAGCAUCAAACUCCCAGCUUCUCCAAGCGCAGAUGACAGGCUUUCCCGGAGCGCAGCAGCAUGGCUUUGGAGGCCAAUCACAAGGCCUUCAGCCACAACCGACGGGUUUCGCUAACUUACAGAAUCCCCAACCGACAGGAUUUAACGGCCCUCUUCCUCCAUUACCUCCUAUGCCCACUGGAUUUGGCGGACCUGGAGGCAUGGCAGCACCACUGAAUGCUCAACCCACGGGACGGCCUGGCCAAUGGGGCCUUGUUAAUGCUCCUGCAACUGGACUGCCUAACAUUGACGCGCUGCAGGCUCGUAUGAUGCCUCAAGCGGGCCGCGAAGCUGGCUCUUACACUACUGCUGGUCUUCAGGGCAAUGCAGUUAUCCCAUGGGCUAUUACCAAAGAGGAAAAGACUAGAUACGAUGCCUUGUUCAAGGCUUGGGAUGGUCUAAACAAGGGCUACAUUGGCGGCGACCAAGCUAUUGAGAUCUUUGGCCAAAGUGGACUUGAGAAGCCUGAUCUGGAGAGAGUUUGGACACUUGCCGACCACGGUAACAAAGGCAGACUGAAUCUGGAUGAAUUCGCUGUUGCUAUGCAUUUGAUUUACAGAAAGCUGAACGGAUACCCCAUGCCCAACGUUUUACCCGCAGAACUUGUUCCCCCUUCCACUCGCAACUUUAGCCAGUCCAUUGGCACUCUGAAAUCGCUGCUGCACGAAGAGUCUGACCAUCGUAAGAACUCUGGCGCUGCGCUGCUACCGCAAAAGACUGGUGUCAGCUAUAUGAAGAAUCGCUCAUUCCGAGGAAGCCCUGCCCCUGCCGCAGGCGGACGCAAGGAUGCCACAGUUUUCAGGAACGACGACGAGGAUUUUGGCUACAGGUCUAGUGCUCGCCGAAGGCUUGGAGGGGCCAACUCGCCCCGGCCCGAAUCCCCAGGAACGUCUUCUGUUGGAUCCAAUGAUGAUCUGACUCUCGAUGAGCUAAGGAAGAAGAUUAAGGAGAAGCAAAUCUUGCUUGACGCUAUGGAUUUUGCUGAUGAGAAGAACCAUGAAGAGGAUGACAUUUUGGACCGACGCGAUCGACGCGAGGCAGAGGAACUCUACCGCCGCAUUCGACGCAUUCAGGACGACAUCGACGCGCAUCCAGAUGCCGCGCUGGCUGUUGGUAACUCCGAUGCUGAGACAAGGGCUCUGAAGCGCCAGCUUCAAAAGCUCACAGACAGGGUCCCUGAACUUGCUUCGCAGGUACGAAAGACGGAGAAGGCCAUCAUGGAGGCUAGACUCGAGCUCUUCCGCCUCAAGGAUGCCAAGGCUCACCCUGGCAGUGCAUUAGCCAUCGUGGGAACUGGUCCUGGCGGCGCAGUGACAGAGUCAGACCGACUCAAGGCCCGUGCAAAGGCUAUGAUGCAACAGAGAACUGCUGCCUUGACAGGUAAAAAGAUUGAGACUGCUUCUGAAGACCUAGACGCUCCCAAGAGGCUUGAGGAAGAAAGCAUCCGGGUCCGAAAUGAGAAGGAGAGCAAUGAGCGCAUGGUCCAUGAUGUCGAGGAUAGCGUCCGUGAAUUCUCGCGAAGUAUCGAGGAUAGCCUUAACGAUACUGGAAAGGAUAACAGCAGCGAGCAUGAGAGACGUCGCUGGGAGGAUGCCCUCGGUGUCGAAGAUGAGGUUCGAGACUUCAUCUUUGAUCUCCAGCGCGAGAGCCGUGCAGCUCGCAUUCGAGCCCAGGACAAGCGCAAUGCACGACCUUCAGCAGUGGACGAAGCUCCUCGAGAACGGGCUGCUCUGUCUCCUCAGCCAACUGAGAGCCCUGCUCCAACCUCGCGCACCGCCACUCCUUCUUCCACAGCUGGUGGCGGCUCAUAUUCUUCAUACAAGACGCCAGAAGAGCGCGCUGCCUUCAUUAAGCAGCAAGCUGAACAGCGCAUGGCAGAGCGCCUUGCGGCGCUGGGUAUCAAGGCACCAUCCAAGCCUGGAGAGACUGCGGCUCAGCGCAUAGAACGUGAAAGGUCUGAACGAGCCGCCAAAUUGCGCCAAGCCGAAGAAGAUGACGCUCGCCGAGAGGCUGAGCGACAAGCUCGACUUAACGAGGAGCAGGGUAUUCCCCCUCCUGUCGUGGAAGAGUCACAGUCGGCUGCUAAGAAGCCUCCUCCACCUCCUUCAAGGAAGGGAGGAAAGGGUGAUGGCGGUGAAGCAGCCGCGGCGAAGAAGGCGGAGGAAGAUGCUGUGAAGGCCGCUGAGGAACAACGCCUCACCCGUGAGCAUGAGCAGCAACAGCGGGAAAACGAACAGAUGCAGCAACAAGUCCAAGAGGAAGAGGACGAGUUUGCGGCAGAGCAGCGUGCAGCUGAUGAACGUCUCAAGGCUCUGGAGGAACAGGUUAGACAGGGUAAACUACGAAAGGAAGAAGAGAAGAAGAAGAAGAAGGCGGCCUUGGCAGAAGCAAAGGAGAAGGAAGCCAAGUUAGCUGCUCGGCGUGCAGAGAUGGAGGCUGCCAGGCAGCGUGAACUUGAACUGCAGCGCCAACUCGAAGCUAUCGAUGACGACAGCUCAUCUUCAUCUGAUGAAGAGGAGAGCCGUGAACAAGCCACACCACCGGCGUCGACACCUACACCUGGAGGCAGCCAAGUUAGCAACCCAGAGCCCGAGAGGGUAAGCUCACCACCAGUUGCUGCUCCAGCGGCAGCCUCUCCUCCACCUGUUCCCACGGUGGUAACCUCUCCUCCUGCGGAGCCUGAGAGCAAGAACCCCUAUUUCAAGAUGAUGUCGCAGUCUUCAGAAGCUUCCUCUCCAGCUGUGCCAAAGGAGGCUACACCAGCAGCUGAUGUUUCCACCAAUCCUUUCCACCGGAUGACACAAGAUAUCAAAGCAGCCCCCGUCCCAACUCCCGCACCUGCUCAGCCUUGGUCUCGCAAACGAGCCGAUUCUGAUGACUGGGGCUCAGACAAGUCAUCUGACGACGAAGAUUCUGACGAUGACCGGCCUGGCGCCGGCAAUGCUGCCCAACUGGCGUCUAUCCUGUUUGGUACCAUGGCGCCGCCCAGGCCACUCUCCGCUGCUGGCAGAGACUCUUCUCCUUCCACGCCUGCUCCGGCAAACGAUGCGGUAGUCUCCCCUCCGCCUCUACCAAGCGGAACUCCUGUUGGUGCUCCUCCGCCUCCACCUCCCCCGAUGCCCGAUGCUGGAUCACCGCCGCCUCCACCCCCAAUGGCUCCCAUCGGAGGUCCUCCUCCUCCUCCGGCAUUGCCCGGUGGAAUCCCUCCUCCGCCCCCUCCUCCUCCUGGAGAUGCUCCAUCACUGCCGGCACCAGGUGGCCGCCCUGCUGGCUUUUUGGGAGAGAUCCAGGCUGGAAGAGCUCUCAAGAAGACGACGACCAAGGACAAGAGUGCAGCCGCCGUCGCUGGCCGAGUUUUGGAUUGA